AUGGAGUCUGUCGUGAAUAACUUAUGGUCCUCGUGGGACACGCUGUCACAGGCGACCACGAGCACCAAUGCGGACGACACAGCGUCGGAGGGAUCUAAAGUCAGCCCCGAGGACCGCAAGCUUGUUGCAAGUAGCACCCUAUGGUCGUCUUUGACAGAGUCCCAGAAAUCGCCUCCCAAGGGCAAGGCAUCCAAUUCAAUCUUUGACGAUAUGUUCUCCUCGUCGAAAGACCAUACUUCCACCCUGACCGACAAGCUGUUUGAACGGUUUCUCUCGGUUGCCCUCCCUACAACAACCACUACAACAGGAGAAGAACUACAGUCGAUUCUCGCUCGGAUAGAGAUGCAAAAGACGCGUCCGCAGCUGAGUUUGAACACCAUGAGUAAGAACUCGAUUCUGCUGCUGUCGCGACUCUCUGUUCCGUUCGAGCUUAUAGAUCAAGUGAUUGUGAUUUUCAGCUGGUCCAAGCCUCUUUACACCCUGACGUUUCUCAACUUUUGCACCUUGAUGAUCCUCAAGCCUGUUUUGUUGUUAAGCGUUCCGUUUUUCUACAUCUGCUUCGAGAUCAUCGUUCCAGCAUAUCUGAAAAGACACCCUCCGGACAAACACACGAUUUUGAAAGAGUCGAACCCGAUUCCUGCCGAGGGCCCGUCUGUGGCCAAUGUGGACCUUCCCAAGCCUGUUCCGGAACUCAGUCGCGAGUUUGUGCUCAACUCCACCGAUUUGCAGAACCAUAUGUUGCUGUAUGUGAUGGCCUACGACGUGGUGACGUCUCUCACCAUACAGUACCUUUAUUUUAAGGACGAGAACGUUACAAUUUUCAUUUUCGCUGCAAUGCUCACUAGUGGAACGCUUUUGACGCUGUUUGGGUCGCAGAUGAUCGUUACCAUGCUGCCCUUUAUCAAAGUGACCUUUGUUUUGGCUCUUUGGGCGUUCACCGUCGCGUUGCAUCCAAACUAUCUACAAUUUAUCCUAGACCUCUUGUACUCCGAGGAGACGCGGCUCAAGUUCCUCACCAUCUCGAACAGACUGGAGAUGUGGCUGAACGAGGAGCUGAACCUGCGGGAGCCUAAGGAGGUGAAAGAAAUUGAGAUCUUUGAGUUGCAGCACUUGGAUCCGGAAUCGCACAACUGGCAGCUCAUCUGUUUUUCCUCGGAAACGUAUCCUGCCAACUCGCACGCCAGACUGCACAACCAGCCUCUGGUGGGGACCCUUAGUCUGAGCUCUGUCAAGCCGCCGCAAGGCUGGCGGUUUGUGGAUCUGCUAGACACGUCUGUGAACACCAAGUCUCUGGACGGCUGGAUCCUGGACCUAUCCCCGGAAAAUUGGAUCAAGGAGAACUAUCUGAGCGAGGCGAUGGAGAUCGACCAGGACGAGAAAUGGUGCUACGACCUGGUGACCAAGUUCUCGUACAACGUUGGACUGAGUGCGGGCGUGCGCAAGGUGCGCGGAGACGUGCGCCGCCGCAGGUGGAUCCGGUACUGCGUGCGCGAUAUCUGGGAUGAAAACGAGGAAGACCAGAAACCCACCACCGACGAGGUGCUGAAGCACGCCCGCAAAAAGAGCGCCGACUCGUUCAACAGCCUGCACCCGGUGAAGUCGAUCGACUCGGUGGACGGUUAG